AUGCACGGAUCUAUACAGGAUAGUACCUGGAUGCUGGCCUUCUUGUUGGUCGCUGGCUCCCUGCACAAAGAAACAAGCAGAUCCAUCAGGCCAGAGCACCCUCCCACUAGAGCAUGUGUGCGCCUGUACCAGAGAGAGGGGGCGCACCCUUGGGGCAUCUGUGAGGGCAGCCGGCGGCCGGCCGGGGGCGGUGACAAGGGCCGGUCGUCUGCAGGCGGCAUCAACGAUAGGGGCCGGGGGCCUGCUGCAGGGGGCGGUGAAGGGGGCUGGGGGCGCGCAGCGACAGAGGCCGGCCGGGAGCGGGUGCUGGCGGCUGGGGGGGGGGGGGACGGGGCCUGGGGGCGGUCGUCUGCUGCAGGGGGCGGUGACGGGGGCCGGGGGCGCGCGGUGACAGGGGCCGGCCGGGAGCUGGUGCUGGCGGCGGGCGGUGACGGGGCCGGGGGCGCGCGGCCGGCCGGGAGCGGGUGCUGGCGGCUGUCUGGCAGGGAGACUGGGAGACCCCCUAUUGGUGGACCUACUGAGCCUGUGAUAACUCCUGUUGCUCAUACUGCUACUGCUAAGGUGGUUGUUCCACCAGCUAGGCCUGCUAUGAGGUGGACAAAUAAUACCUCAGGGUUUGUACUUAGGAGGCUUUGCAACCCGAUACAGAGUGGUGCUAGGGCAGAUAAGGGGUUCAAGGAGAAGGAUGUCAACUAG